AUGGCGACCGCUAGGGUAUCGCCAACGGCGAAUCUUCUGCGGAAGUCUCGACUAUUUGCCCUUCCUCAGGCUUUGCAAACUCCCCGAGCCCCGCCAUCAUCUAGGAUCGUGAACGAAUCUAACAGCGCGACACUUCCUCACCCUACCCGGGCAUCGAUCGUAACGCCGCAGUCUUCGCUGGCUCGGGGCGAUUGGGGCCUGAAGCGACCUCUCCCAUCCAAGUCGACAUCGGAGAAGUCUUCGAGGCCAGUUGUCCGCAUGAAUGCCCUCGAUACCUACGAACAUGUCACCGAUUUCGAGUCCGCAGCCGAUCAUACCAUGACCCUGGAGAAGUUCCAAGAACUGCACAUGCCCAUGUCGCUGCCCUCGAAGGUCAAUUAUGCCACGAGCAUGACCCCAAGACACCAAAGUCCCUUCGAAACAUUCGUCGACAACACCGAAACCAGCAAGACACUCGGAGAGGCGGGAGCCAAACAAUUCCGACACACCGGACCUUGGCUUGCUGGACAGACCGAGGCGGAGUUCGCGGGUUAUCUGAAGCAGAUUGGGCGCCAAAAGCCCGAACUGCUCCAGAAGAUGCGUGAGCGGUUUGACUCCAAGCGCUACGCUGAAGCCCGGAAGCUGGCCCAGGACAACGGCGAGGACCUGGAAAAGUUCAACACAUAUCUCAAGUCUCUCCGUGAAGAUCCCUUUGCCCUGGGCCCCGUUGUCUUCGAGUUGCUUGACCUUCCUUCCGCUCCUACCGUCCCCAGCGAGCGCAUUGGCCGCAAGUACUACCAAUCCCCAGGAACCAAGCUGUCCGCCCCCGAGUACGCCGUGACCGGCCCCCCCGAAGACACACCCAAGCCCGUCGAGGCCCGUAUUCUGCGCCCUAAGGGUAGAUUUAAGGGACGUGUGUCGAAGGCUAUUGCUGGUGUCGGUGGCAUUGCCGUGGAGGACUUGAACGCCAUGACAUUCAUUGACCAAGGCACACCUCCUGGAUUGACUGCCUUCGAUGCGACCAUCCCCGGUGGUGCCAAAUACUGGGUUUCGCCUAUCCGAGCCGCUGUCGAUUCCGAUGGCAGAAUUGGCCUUUCUUCCUACCGCGCUGGAUCUACCGCCAAGGCUCCAUAUGGUAUUAAGGAUUAUAAGAAGCCUAACGCGAUGAGCAUCACCGAGGCAGCUCGUCAGGGAGCUCACGUGGUCCCACGAAUGGACAGCCACCGUCCCAACAGCCCCCGCUUCAGGGCCGGUGCGGAGAACGCCCCAAGAAAGUCUAUGCGGGGAACCGAAGUUAUUGCUCGCAGCCUGAUGGAGAACCUCAAUGCGCCCAAGAAAGACUAA